AUGGGGUCCGACGGCGCGGACGACGGCGCGGCCGUCCGAGCCCACAUCGAGCAGCUGGUGGCGGCGCAGCGGGAGAAGUCGCCGCUGUACGGGUUCCUGCUGGCGGGGGUGCGCGUCGCGGCGGCGUCGCGGGGGGCGGUGACGGCGCGGCUGGCGCUGACGCGCAACCACAUGAACUCGGCGGGCGGGCUCCACGGCGCGGCGUCGGCCGCGCUCGUCGACUGGGCCGGGGGCAUGGCGAUCGCCAGCUGGGACCUGCGCAGCCGCACGGGCGUCUCCGUCGACAUCCACGUCACCUACCUGUCCUCCGCCGCCGAGGGCGACGAGAUCGAGAUCGCCGCCACCGCCGACCGCGUCGGCGGCGCCCUCGCCUUCACCCGCGUCGUCAUCGCCAAGGUCGUCGACGGCCUGCCCGGCCCCGUCAUCGCGAACGGCUCCCACACGAAGUACGCCAAGCAGCGGUAG